CUCAGUACAGAAGGAUCUGGCCACCUCUGCUGGUCUGAAGGCAUACACACAUGGGCAAAGAGAAAAAGUAAGAGGUGGAGGAGGAAGAAGAGGGAAGGAAGGAAAGAAAGAAAAUGAAAGAGAGAGAGAAAAAAGAGAAGGAAGGACGGGAAGGACAGAAAUGAAGGAGGGAAGAAAAGAAAAGGAAGACACACAGCCAGCUAAUUGAAACGUGGGUACUAUUUGGUGUUGAUUCGCUGAAUUUGAACCAACAUACACAGAGAUUAAACCAGAAGAAAAUGAUGUGGUGACCGUUUCUGAGCCCAGCUAUUCCAUAUGGAAUGCAGUGUAUGCAGUGGCCCAUGCCUUCCUUAAAACGCUGUUGAGCAAAAUUGAAAUGGGAUCUAAAGAAGACAGAAACCCGGACUGCCUUCUACCAUGCCAGAAUGCAUUGACCUACAAUGAUGUGCAUGUGAAAUUUACUCGAGAAGAAUGGGCUUUGCUGGAUCCUUCCCAGAGGAGUCUCUACAAAGAUGUGAUGCUGGAGACCUACAGGAACCUCACUGCUAUAGGCUACAAUUGGGAAGAUCAUAAUAUUGAAGAGCAUUGUCAAAGUUCUAGAAGACAUGGAUGGUAUGAAAACAGUCAUUUUGGAGAGAAGCCCUCUGAAGUCUUUGCACAUCAGAGUAGUCCUCACACGUAUAAAAGAAUGCAUACCAGUGAGGAUCUCUAUGAAUGUAACCAAUAUGGUAAAGCCUGUGCAUAUAAUAGUGAACUUCAAAUGUAUGAAAGAAUUCAUGUUAGACAGAAAUCCCACAAAUGUACUAAAGCCUUUGCAAGGAACAGUUGUCUCCUAAUACACAAAAGAACCCUUACUGGAGAAAAACCUUAUGAAUGUAAGCAAUGUGGUAAAGCCUUUACAUGGAACUGCCAUCUCCUAAGACAUAAAAGUACUCACACUGGAGAGAAACCUUAUGAAUGUCACCGAUGUGGUAAAGCCUUUGCACACAACAGUCAUCUUUUAAGACAUAAAAGAACACACAGUAGAGAGAAACCUUAUGAAUGUAACCAAUGUGGUAAAGCCUUUGCACAGAACAGUAAUCUUCUAAUACAUAGAAGAACACACACUGGAGAGAAACCUUAUAAAUGUAGCCAAUGUGGUAAAGCCUUUGCACAUAACAGUAAUCUCCUAAUUCAUAAAAGAAUUCACACUGGAGAAAAACCUUAUGAAUGUAACGAAUGUGGUAAAGCCUUUGCACGUAACAGUGAUCUUCUACUACAUAAAAGAACUCACACUGGAGAGAAACCUUAUGAAUGUAACCAGUGUGGUAAAGCCUUUGCGUAUAAUAGCACUCUCCUAAAACAUAAAAGGACACACACUGGAGAGAAACCUUAUGAAUGCAUCCUAGAUGGAAAAGACUUUACAAGGAAGAGUCAUCUACUACAUAAAAGGACUCAGACUGGAGAGAAACCUUAUGAAUGUAACCAAUGUGGUAAAGCUUUUACAAGGAACAGUCAUCUACGACAUAAAAGAACUCACACUGGAGAGAAACCUUAUGAAUGUAACCAAUGUGGUAAAGCCUUUGCACAGAGCAGUCAUCUCCUACGACAUAAAAGAACUCACACUGGAGAGAAACCUUAUGAAUAUAUCCAACGUGGAAAAGCCUUUGCACAAAAGCGUCAUUUCCUACUACAUAAAAGAACUCACAUUGGAGAGAAACUUUAUGAAUGCAUCCAAUGUGGUAAAACUUACGCUCUUAAGAAUCAUCUUCAAAGUCAUGAAAGAAUUCAUACUGGGCAGAAAGACUAUGAGUGUAUUUAACGUAGUGAAAUUAGUCUACAUUAGUAAAAUCUUCAUUGUAAUGAAAGAAUUUGUGGAGAGAAACCUUAUGAAUCUGUUAAAAUGUGAGGCCUUUGCACAUAACUGUAGUCUUCAUUGUCAGAAAAGUUUCAUACUGGAGAGAAAUUCUGUGUACAUAAGUAAUGUGGUAAGGCUUUUAUGCUUCUUGGUUCACUGAAUCCACUACACCUCAAACACUAGGUCAAUGGAAAUAAAAUUAUUUUCAUCCAGGCACUACUGAUUGAUGAGGGCCACAUAACAUUCUUGGGAGCUGAACUGUGAGCCAGAAAGUUAAAGAGAUUCUGAGCUUGACAAUCAUAAACGUCUGUGCUGUUUUACAACUAAAUUUUUAUCAAUCAGGGUUUAGGGAUACGGGAUUUGUUUAUGUCAUUGAGGAAGUCACUUGAUGUAAAAUGUAGGUUUUACAAUCAUGUCUAUUCUUUUGUGGUUAGGAAGAGGUGUUAUGUUUAAGGGAAAAGAAGCUGUGGUUUGGGACAGUCAUUAUGUUAGAGGAACAGAAGCCGUCAUAUGGAACAGUCAGGUUUGGGGGAACAAAAGAUGAAUAAUAGAAGCUGGUCAGCCAUUGGGAAGUCUAGCUUUCCUAGUGAUGAUAAACUUAGGUUCACCCUAUAAUUCAAUGGAAGCUGAUGUCUAAAUGGCAAUACUUAGCACAAAUUUCUUUUGCGUGUUUUGCAUGUCACAGUCACCUUCAAAUAUAGGAAAGAACAGGUAGUAGAGAGAAACCUUACACAUGUGAUCAAUGUGAUAAAACCUUUUCUUAACAUCUCCAACUACAUAAAAGAACACAUACUGCAGUGAAACCCUAUGAAUAAGCAAUGUGAUAAAGCCUUUUCAUGUAGUUGUCUUUGAAAUCCUGAGAAAAAGUCAUGCUGCAGAGAAACCCCAUGAAUGUGGUCAGUAUGGUAAAGUUUUGCGCUUCAUGAUACGGUUAUAGAAGAAUAAAAGCUUUACAGUGCAAGCAACCUUUUAAAGCCUUUGCAUAUCACAGUAGUCUUUGAGAACCUGAAAGAACUAAUUUGUUAGGGUCUUUGACCCUAUUUGGGGGAAAGUUCUAACAGGUGUCAAUAAUCUAUUCAAGCAUUAUGAUAUCCAUCCUUUUGUUUUUAAUUGCAAGCUCAAUAUGUACAAAAGGCCUACCCUUUUAAAUUUCAAAAUUAUCUUCA